GCCGUUCGAAAGUUCAGAAAGUUGCUCGUUGCUCAUCUGUUCGGUAGAGAUAAAUAAGAGGCACGACUUGAUUAAAGGUGCUGUUAGUUUUGCAUUUUAAUUAGAAUUAUCGUGACCAAGCGAUUUACUACGAUGGCUUCUCUAGUUAAGCUGGCGAAAUCGACUCUUCGACCUGGAAUCAGGGCCAUUUCCACUUCUCUACCUUCAGCAAGUUCGGAGGUACCUGCCUGUGGCUAUGCUUUUGAGCUGAAUGAUGAGCAGAAGGAAAUCCAGUCCUUGGCUCGCAAAUUCACUGCCGAGGAAAUCAUUCCAAAAGCGGCCGAGUACGACAAGACCAUGGAAUACCCAUGGCCAAUCGUCAAGAAGGCCUGGGAGGUCGGCCUCAUCAACAACCAUAUCCCUUCACACUGCGGUGGCAUGAACCAGGGCAUUUUCGAUGGUUGUUUGAUUGCCGAGGAGCUUGCUUAUGGUUGCACUGGCAUCAAAACCGCCAUUGAGGCCAGCGGUCUUGGCCAAACGCCUGUAAUUAUUGCUGGAAACAAGGAACAGCAGAAGAAGUACCUGGGACGUCUUAUCGACGAGCCUCUUGUUGCGGCAUACUGUGUGACUGAACCUGGUGCAGGAUCCGACGUAAACGGCGUGAAGACCAGAGCAGAAAAGAAGGGCGAUGAGUGGGUUAUCAAUGGCCAGAAAAUGUGGAUCACAAACGGUGGCGUCGCAAACUGGUAUUUCGUUUUGGCCCGUACAAACCCUGACCCCAAGGCCUCUGCCAGCAAAGCCUUCACAGGAUUCAUUGUUGAGAGGGAAACCCCUGGAGUCACCCCUGGCAGAAAAGAAAUCAACAUGGGUCAAAGGUGCUCUGACACUCGAGGAAUCACUUUCGAGGAUGUCCGUGUGCCCAAGGAGAAUGUCCUGAUUGGUGAAGGUGCUGGUUUCAAGAUUGCCAUGGGUGCCUUCGACAAGACCCGUCCUCCAGUUGCUUCUGGAGCCACCGGUCUUGCCCAGCGCGCCCUUGACGAAGCCACCAAGUACGCCCUGGAGAGGAAGGCCUUCGGCGUCCCAAUUGCUUUCCACCAGGCCGUUGCUUUCAUGCUCGCCGACAUGGCUAUUGGAGUUGAAACUUCCCGCCUGGCCUGGAUGAAGUCUGCCUGGGAGGUGGACCAGGGUCGUCGUAACUCUUACUAUGCUUCGAUUGCCAAGGCUCUGGCUGGAGACGUUGCCAACAAAUGUGCAUCUGACGCUGUCCAGAUCUUUGGUGGAAACGGCUUCAACAGCGAAUAUCCCGUUGAGAAGUUGAUGAGAGAUGCCAAGAUUUAUCAGAUUUAUGAAGGAACUGCUCAGAUCCAGCGCCUCAUCAUUUCGCGCGCCAUUAUUGACAUGGCCAAGGCCAAGGCGUAAUCAGUCUAAAACUUUUACGGGCUCAUUUUAUAUUCCAUCUGCUGUGAAAUUUAUUUGAAUACAUGCCUUUGUCAUCUUUAUGGUUUCGCCAGUUAUUUGUUUUGCAGAAGUUAUUUUAACAGACUAAUGUAUCAUCAUGAGACUGAAUAAAAGAAAAAAUUGCACCAAGUUAUUUCUCAAACAAAAGUA